UUCUUCCAAGCCUCCAAGUGACGUGGCCUCAAUGACGGCACGAGUUGUGCUGUUAACGUGAGUCCGUAUCGUUUUGAUUCAUUUAUAAAACAAUGUUACAAUUAUGAGAACCUGAUCGCACGAGUUACUCCUCAUCGUUUCGAUAACGUAAUCAAGGAUUCACGAUAAUCGUCGAAACGCCCAGCAACAUGACCACAUAUGAGGAUUUCAUUCAGCAAAAUGAAGACCGUGAUGGUGUGCGUUUCACCUGGAAUGUUUGGCCCUCCUCUCGUAUUGAUGCUACUAGAUUAGUUGUACCCUUGGGAACAUUGUACCAGCCUAUUAAAGAAAGACCAGACCUUCCACCUAUACAGUAUGAUCCUGUUCUUUGUACAAGGUCUACUUGCAGAGCAAUCUUGAAUCCACUGUGCCAAGUGGAUUACAGGGCUAAAUUAUGGGUGUGCAAUCUGUGCUUUCAGAGGAAUCCUUUCCCUCCACAAUAUGCUGCCAUUUCAGAGCAACACCAACCUGCUGAACUCAUUUCAACAUUUUCAACAAUUGAAUAUACCAUAAUGAGAGCACAAUGUUUGCCACCUAUUUUCUUAUUAGUUGUGGAUACAUGUAUGGAUGAUGAAGAAUUGAGUUCUCUGAAAGAUUCCCUUCAGAUGUCACUCUCGUUACUUCCACCUAAUGCUCUGAUUGGUCUCAUUACAUUUGGAAGAAUGGUUCAGGUCCAUGAACUGGGUUGUGAAGGAUGUAGUAAAAGUUAUGUUUUUCGUGGUACUAAAGACUUGCAGCCAAAGCAAGUUCAAGACAUGCUAGGCAUAGGUCGACCAAUACCAGGACAGAAUCCAAAUCAGCAAAGAGGACCAGGGGGACAGCCACUUCCACCGGCGAAUCGUUUCUUACAGCCUGUACAUAAGUGUGACAUGAGUUUAACAGAUCUCUUAGGAGAAUUACAACGUGAUCCAUGGCCUGUGGGCCCGGGAAGACGCCCAUUAAGAUCAACUGGUGUUGCUUUGGCUGUUGCCACUGGUCUUUUAGAAGCUAGUUACGCUAAUACGGGAGCUAGAAUAAUGCUGUUCGUUGGUGGACCUUGUUCCCAAGGAUCUGGUCAAGUUGUAACGGACGAUUUGAAACAACCCAUUAGAUCACACCACGAUAUUCACAAGGAUAAUGCGAAGCACAUGAAGAAGGCAACGAAACAUUACGAUUCCCUUGCAUCACGAGCUGCAACGAACGGGCAUAUUAUAGAUAUCUACUCCUGUGCUCUUGAUCAAACUGGACUGCUCGAAAUGAGGCAGUGUUGCAAUUCGACCGGCGGUCACAUGGUGAUGGGAGACUCUUUCAAUUCCUCAUUGUUCAAACAAACGUUCCAGCGCGUAUUUGCGAAAGACAGUCAAGGAGACUUGAAGAUGGCAUUUAACGCGACGUUAGAAGUUAAGACUACCCGAGAAAUCAAAGUGUCUGGAGCGAUCGGACCUUGCGUUUCUUUAGGUGUGAAGGGGGCGAGCGUAGGAGAGCAAGAAGUAGGAUUAGGUGGCACAUGUCAAUGGAAAUUCUGUUCCCUCACACCAUCCACAACUACAGCAUUAUUCUUUGAAGUUGUUAAUCAACACACUGCACCGAUUCCACAUGGGGGGAGGGGCUGCAUACAGUUUAUCACGCAGUAUCAACACAGUAGCGGUCAACGAAGAAUCAGAGUGACCACAAUCGCUAGAAAUUGGGCAGAUGCAUCGACAUCCUUGCAUCAUAUAAGUGCUGGAUUUGAUCAGGAAGCGGCUGCUGUCCUCAUGUCGCGUUUAGCAGUCUUUAGAGCAGAAAGCGACGACGGGCAGGAUGUCUUAAGAUGGGUCGACCGUAUGCUCAUUAGAUUAUGUCAGAAAUUCGGAGAAUACGCGAAGGAUGAUCCGAACAGCUUCAGACUCGCAGAAAACUUUUCAUUGUAUCCUCAGUUCAUGUAUCAUCUUCGUAGAUCACAGUUCAUACAAGUGUUCAACAAUUCCCCCGAUGAAACCAGUUUUUACAGACACAUGCUCGUUAGAGAGGACUUAACCAAUUCUUUGAUAAUGGUGCAACCAAUUUUGUAUAGCUAUGGAUUCAGUGGCCCUCCAGAGCCAGUUUUAUUAGACACUUCGUCUAUACAACCGGAUAGGAUCUUGUUGAUGGAUACUUUCUUCCAAAUACUUAUAUUCCACGGCGAGACGAUUGCACAGUGGCGUCAACUGAAGUACCAGGACUUACCAGAAUAUGAAAACUUCCGGCAAUUAUUAGCGGCACCUGUUGAUGAUGCCGCAGAGAUAUUAGCCGGAAGAUUCCCGGCACCUAGGUAUAUCGAUACUGAACAGGGCGGUUCACAGGCGAGGUUCUUAUUAAGCAAAGUGAAUCCCAGUCAAACUCACAAUAAUAUGUACGCCUAUGGAGCGGGGAUGCCGAUACCCAAUGGGGAGAGCGGAGCACCUGUGUUAACUGACGACGUUAGUUUACAAGUAUUCAUGGAACAUUUGAAAAAGUUGGCCGUUUCGUCUACAGCUUAAGAUACAAAUAAGGAAGGUAAAUGUUGCGUGGUCAUUUUUUUUUAAAUAAAAUUUAGAAACAUCUUAGGCUUUGCGAUGAGGUACUCAGUUACAAUCUAUCGAUAAGGAUUCUUUAGGCGCGGUAAGAAUUUAUACAUACAGAAGAGUAAU